CAUUACAGAUGACUGCUUUUUUGACCAUACCUGAUCACUGUAUCAAUUGAAUAUAUGAUAAGUUCUUGCAGCACUCUUGAUAGGCCAUUCCAGCAUUAGAUAGGGUCUACUAGAAGUCAUACUAAGAUUGGCCUCAGCCUAACUCGAGGAGGAAAGAAUGUUCUUUGACCACAAUUUCACUGCGUCCCACAUUGACAGCCUGCUGCAGAGUGAGAAUGUCACCCUGCAGGAGUUGAUGGAUGAAGAUGAUAUCAUCCAGGAGUGCAAGACUCAAAAUGCCAAACUCAUUGACUUCCUGACUCGUCCUGAGAAUCUGAACCAGUUGGUGAAGAUGAUUGUGACAGAGCCUCCAGAAGAUGUUGAUGAACGUAUCAGAUUCAAGUAUGCCAACCUUGCAUGUGAACUAUUGACCUGUGACACACCUUUUAUCAAUGAGAAACUCAGUGGGGACACACAAUUGCUGAACGAACUGUAUAACUUCAUUGACACUGACAAGCCACUGAAUCCUCUGAUGGCCAGCUUCUUCUCGAAAACUUUGGGAACCCUGAUAUCACGAAAGCUUGACCAGAACUGGUUCUCCUAUCAGUUCACUUGUUUACAGGUUCUAGAAUUCCUCCAGUCUAAGGAAAACUUCAUACCUCUUCUCCUGAGACAUUUAGGGACCUCAGCCAUCAUGGAUCUUCUCCUACGACUUAUGCUCCUUUGUGAGAUGAUUCGUGUGCUGCGUGACCAAGCUCAGCAACAAGAGAGAAAAGUCUGUGAUCCUCUUCUUGCCACCAUUGAAUCGAAAGAGGCAGUGACAUUGCUGCUAGACAACAUGUUGAAAGGAGAGACAAAGAGUGAAAGCAGCCUUGUGUGUGGAAUAUCUGUGCUGCUUGUUCUCUUGGACCUGAAGAGACCUGAAGAACGACUCAUUGAUGAGGGACAACAUUGUGAUUCACAAGAGCAUGACUCGAUCAAUGCCAGCAUGCAGGACAUCCUGGCACCUAUCACCCCGCGUCUUCCUGAAUUCCAUCAACUUCUUGUUGAACCUCCCAAGAAACCAUCCAUGAAAACAACAGUGGGUGUGAUAGAGGUUCCAUUUGGGAACACUCGGCUCCAAAUAGCCAAACUCAUUGCUGCCUUGAUCACGCUCAAUCAGCCAUCUGUCCAUGAAGAAUUUGCCAAAUUGGGCACUUUGGACAUUCUAUUGGACUUGUUUUUCAAGUAUAUCUGGAACAACUUCUUACACAGUCAGGUUGAGAGAAUAAUGUCCUUAAUAUUAAUGAGUAGCAUGGUUGAAAAUGAGAAAACAAAGGAGGAACUAGAAGAGAGUGGAAGUGGGGACCCCCCGCUGUCUUCCUUGUCAUCAACUCCACCUCAGUCCCCUCAACCCAGCCCCCUUCUAGUCCAUUUAUUUCAGAAGUGCCAGAUUGUGAAAAGGAUAUUGAACCAUUGGGAAGAAAAUGAUGCAGAUCAAAAAAAGGAAGGAGGCCACAGGCGAGGGUACAUGGGACAUCUGACUCGCAUGGCGCAGGAUCUAGUAGACCAGGCAAGCCAAGGUAUCAAUAAGGAGUUCAUCUCACAAGAGAUUCAGAAACUCCCACAAGAGGUCAAGGAGAAGUGGGACAACUUUGUCCAAACAACUCUUCCUGAUAUUACUAAGACUGCUUAUUCCAUUACUGUUGAAGAGGCACAGGCCAGUACAACAGCAGGGGAUUCUGAGAGUGAAGCCCUAAGAGGUUUCCCUUAUAGCCAUGCUACUUUUAUGCAACAGGCCUUGAUGCAGUACCACAAUCAGCUGACCAGCAGAGGUCUGCCUGAUGAGUUGGGUCUUCAUGAUGAGGAGUUCAAUGAGAAUGACUCCAAUCUUGUGCAAAAUCUGAAUAGAUUCCCAGGCAUGAAUUUCAGUCAAGAGCUGGCCAAUGGAGGAGAACUUGCCGAAGAACUUUUUGAGCAAGAAUGUAGGAAGAGGAGUCAACAGAUAGAAAAAGAAGUAGAGGAUGGAGGACCUGAGGAUAUGUGGCGGGCAAAGGAAUUCCAUUUACCUUCUUCCCAAUCAGAGGCCCCUGAAAGGCACCACAGCUCAGAGGAAGAGGAUGAAGGGGAACAUGAGAUGGGAGAAGGAGUUGAGAAAGAUACCCAUGAAGGAAAGGGCAAAGAAGUGUCUAUGGAAGUUGACCCAGGAGAUCCAUGGGCAGGUGUCGGUGCAACAGAGGCCCUGCCAAUGGAUGUUGGAGGGAAUCCUUGGGAUUCUCAGAGUCAGGCGAAUAAAGUGGUAGGCUCAAACACAAGCAAAGAUGGAGAGGGUUGGGCUGAUUUUAGCAAAGCAUCUGAAGCUUUUUCUGCCACAUCUGCUGUGGUUGCUGCUGACAUGGAUGUCUCUGAAUUGAAGGUUUCACAUCCUAAUGCCCAAAAAUAUGUUGUAUCACAGGACAAUGAACAAAAGCAAGAGGGGUCAACUGGAGAUGACAGCCCUGGUUCACCUAUGUGUAUGGACUCUGAGGAGAAAGAGCAGAGGGUUUCUAAUGACCCCCAAGAAAGUAAAGAGGAAGAGAAGAAGGAAGUCCCCAAUGGGCCUAGUGAGGGUGUCACAGGUACCAUUGACAGUAAUCUUCCCUCUGGCCCCAAUGGAAAAGUACAAAUGGAUGCGGUUCCCGAGAGCACUAGCCCAUCAAAUGUGAAUAGCACGGUGCAAAAUGGACCCUCCUAGGAUGUGCAGGACCAGAUUAGUUUCUAAGCGUGAUUUGGAUGUGACAGAGAGAGAGAGAAAUAUGCAGCCGAGCCUUCAUUCCCUCUCUCCCUCCUCCCUUUUUUUUUCUUCUCUUGUCUUCUCAAAGUGAUUCCAGUCCAACCCUAGGAAGAUCAUUCAUAUCUGACAUGGAAUUAUGUUGCUACCCAAGGUCAGGUAAUUCCAGUAAAGGCAAUGUCCAAUUUGACACGUACAUCUACAUGCUCUUGUUGUCUGCUUUCCUCUCAUAUGGGCUUCAUUGAGAUCUCGCGUGAGAUUUCUGGGUGCACGCAAUGCCUUUGUCAUGCCUAAGACCUCGUGUGAAAGGGAUCCUUCAUUUUAUUCUUGCAGAGUGCCAUUAGUUUGGUAUAAUUGUGUUUGUUGCCUCUCCUGAUGGCAUUUUGCAAUGAAUUGGGCCAUCAGUCUAUGGAAACAACAGCCUACUUCAUUCUUGUUUUGUCUGCUUCUAUAAAAUCUGACAAAAAGGUAACAUGCAAUCAGGAUAUGCAUCAUGCCACUCAAACUAACUUCACCC